AUGAGAUUGUUACAACCUUUAGAAAAACAUAGUGCUCUAAAGCACAGACAGUCUGUGCUUUAUUUGUGCAUAAACAUUAGAAGACUAUUCACUAUCAUAAUAUCAAUAUACACAGUAGUCUUGACGGUAUUUCCGUCGAUCGCACAUUGCCAACAGACAUUUGUACUGACCGAUGGUAUAAAGACCAACGGAGCUAUACUUUCGGGAAAUAUAAAUUACUAUCGUCUAACAACAUCGUUGCGGAGCAGGUCAGGAGGACUCGAGGAAGUAUUUGCACGGGCGAUCGACGAAAACGAUGAACUGCGGAAAUUGUAUCCCAAGUGGGAGUCAUCACUCAAGAAGUCUGCAUUUACGUCUCGAUCACUAGCCGGUCGACAAAAUCCAUCUCAAAAGCUUGCUUAUGUAUCUGUGACUAUAUGUUCCCCGAAUGCAGAUGCGAUACAAGUGUAUGUUGACAGUAGCCAGUUUCCUGAAAGGAAUCAAAGUGCCAUGAUAUCGAUCAAUGAAGGAGUUGCACUUGGUACAUAUCAAGCUGAUGGGUUACAUGUCGCAAUUAAAGCUACUGAUCCUCCUACUCAUAAGACGAAUUACACUUAUGAGAUUGGUGUUUCUACAGCAGGGUUCCUGUACAACUUGGAUAUUACAGAAGGGUUUCACCUGGACGAUACUGACGGGUCUCACGCUUUGCUAACAACAAAAGUGGUUGGCGCGGCGGGUAAUUUGGAUAAGUAUGGAGCAAGCCUAGCUAUCAAUGGAUCUCUGAAUCGUCUUUCGCACUCACUUUGUGCUAUCAAGUUGUUGGCUACAGGAAACGUCCCACAAAAGAAUGCGACAAAUCGAGGCGACGGACAAGUAUCAUUUUACUUUCAGUCGUUGAAUGUUCGUUCACAAUAUGUUGCUUAUUUAUAUUCGAACGAAGGAAAUACAGAGACACUGUGGGCGCCGACAUUUUUGCAAACGAAAUCCGUUGCUGGGUGCACCGUGAUAUAUAAUCUUCCCUUUUGUGACAAAGUAGCGUACGCAGUGCCGGCAGGUGCUGGAAAAACCUUCAAUGAUAUCGUGGCAUUCUACGACAACCUUGCCAAUAGCACGUUCCAGAACUUUACAGAUAAUCUUCGUCAGUUUCCAUGCAAUGAAUCCUCAACCCCAGCCUCUUACUCUCUAGUACGUAACUGCGAUGACUGUAGUGCAGCAUACAAAGACUGGCUCUGUGCAAUUGCGAUACCUCGCUGUACUGAUAACAAUGCGGCUAAUGGAGUGUUAAGGCAAGGGAAACCUCGCAAUAUUUUGAUGGAGCAAGCUCAAGCAAAUUUAAGUUUUAACGAUUAUAGAGAAGUAUUACCAUGCAUAGACUUGUGUUAUAAUGUGGUGCGGUCUUGUCCUGCUUCCUUCGGUUUUGUAUGUCCUGUGAAUAAGACGCUUUUUAGUAGUUAUGGGGAGAGGUUAAAGGAUGGAUCUUUUACCAAUGGGACAAACCUUUUAUGCAAUCCCAUGGAUCUGGAUUGGGGUUUCUCUUCUGGGGUUAAGAGUUUUGUACGGCAAUGGAUAAUGUUGUUUACUAUAAUAGUGGCGGUUGCAAUGUUGUUAUAA